AUGCGUGCUGCCCUCAAGGAAGAUCUGCAGUGUUCAGCAGCGGAGCUCGUGUACGGAGAACCCCUACGGUUGCCAGGUGAGCUAAUUUCCCCUGCUGAACCCAAUCAGGACCGCUUCGAGGACCUGCAGAGCUUCGCAACUCAACUGCGUCGGAACAUGGCUCGUCUGCGACCCAUAGCUGCCUCGCGACACGGCCAGCAAUCCAUCUUUGUACCGAAGGACCUCAGCACCGCGUCUCACAUUUUUUUAAGGGAUGACACAGUCAGGCCUUCUCUUAGACCGCCUUACACAGGACCGUACAAGGUCGUGUCUAGGAGGGAUAAAACUAUCACCAUCACCAUAGGUGAUAAGAAUGUACAGGUAAGCGUUGACCGCGUCAAACCGGCGUACAUACUAGAUAUCCCCACCUCACCAGCCACCCGGGUACCCAUCGCGCACUCACCUGCGACUUCCGAGCCCGUUCCUGCUGCUCCGGUGAUGCCUGCUGCACCAACUGCGCCCCCAGUCUCGCCUGCCCCUACUGUUCGACCUACGCCUACUGAUAACAGCAAACCGCAGUACACUACGCGGUCCGGUCGUAACGUAAGAUUUAAGGACCGUCUGGAUUUGUAA